AUGUUUUCCACUCCGGAAAUGUCCCACUUUCGAAAAGUUUCCCCACCCUGUUUUACCCAACCCAACCCUUUUAAAAUCGCUCAGGAGGAGGCAGGGGAGGAGGGCGGCGAGGAUGGCGAGGGCGAGCGCGACCUGAUCGAGAUUCGCGACGACGACGGCGGCGGAGGCGGGAAGAAAUCGGACAAGCCGCGCAAAACGACGAGAUACAUGACGAAAUACGAGCGCGCCAGGGUGCUGGGUGCGCGAGCUCUCCAGAUCAGCAUGAACGCGCCUGUGAUGGUGGAGCUGCAUGGAGAGACCGACCCUCUCGAGAUUGCCAUGCGCGAGUUACGCGAGAAGAAAAUCCCUUUCACCAUUCGGAGAUAUCUGCCUGAUGGAAGCUACGAGGACUGGGGUGUGGACGAGUUAAUCAUUGAGGACACGUGGCGGAGACAGGUGGGAGCCAGCUGA